AUGUCCGGCCUAGGCAUCCACUUUGGCAACGAGUCCGAAGGCUUUGACACCAACCCACACAUCUACGGUCAUGGAUCCAGCUUCAACAGCCAAACAGUACACAUACCUCCCAAGAAGCCCUUCAAGAGCCAUCUCCGCUACACUCGACCUCAGAUAGCCAGCGAACAGGCUCUUCGAGUCCCAGUCGUCUCCGGGGAACCCGGCAACUUGGGCCACCGGGCGUGGACGGAUGACGACCCCCUAGCUCCUCUCACAAUAGCAGAGGAGAUCGUCUUGGAGCCACAUAAGCUGCAUAGUCUCAACACAGCAGUAGCUGCCAUGCAUGGCCAUAGCACUGACACGGCUACGCCCACGGACACGGAAUGCGAUCCGAGCCCCACGCUUACCGAGUCAUCCCUCACAACCCCGGCAUCUUCGAGCUGCGUAACGAACAUGAAGCCGCACAUGCAUGCUUCCUUGCCAAAAAAGCCCAGCAACGAUGUGAUUAACGCCUCAAGAGCGCGUGCCACUGCGAGUCACCGUCGCAUCAGCGUCCGAGGUGCCACUCGCCGCAAAGGGAGCUUGCGUUCGCGUCUGGGACCCCGGGUCGGGUCUCUUCAGCCAAAUGUAGGCAGAACUUCUAAGCAAGAGAAGGCAGGUCAAAUUCACGCGCCUGAAGAUGUCUCUGAUGGCGAGACUGAAGUCAUGAUCCCCGAUGGCUUCGGCGGCUACACGCGCACCAAGCUGCCCAGGUCUCAGCUUCUUCGGGGAAAUCUCGGUUCUGUUGCUAUCCCCCGGCUCCAGGAAGUCGCAACGGCAAGCGAGCGCUCCCAACCAGAAGACGGAGUAAGCAGACCAACCUUGCGAGUGGGCAGCUUGUACGGCCACGAUGGCUUCGAGAAAGGAGGCAUUGAUAGCAAGAUCGGCGCAAGUAGCGCCACAGCCUCAACACACUCUUCUGUCUUUCUGUCAUGCUCUCGCACCUCUUCCAGCGGCCCGAAAGCAAAGCUGAUGCGAAGCCCCAUCGAGCAGGCGCACUUCCUUACACGUCAGAACGAGACAUUUGACUGCGUUGAAGAAUCGCCAAAGGUUGCCGCGGCGCAGCAGCAUCGAUUGUCACGGAUGUCUCUUGUCGAUGUUGCUUUGCGCAGCAAGCGUAGUCUACAGGGUCUGGACCAGGCAGAGCGUGGACAGGCGCUAGUGAGCCUUGAUAGAUACCGCAUGACGUAUGACGCUGGUCUGUCGGUGGUCCCGCAUGAGAUCGUGGCUCUGGACCAAGAGCAUGACCUGGGAGCGAACGACCUCAGUGCUUUUGACUCGAAGAUGGAUACUGGGAGCGACAAUGCGACAGAGAGGACAGGCGGCAAGGCCCGAAACCGUCUGCAGAAAAGCCUAUCGGAGGCAAACAUCACAGGCGCUCUCCUGGGACGUCAAAGUACGCUGUUUAGCGCCACAGCCAAUCCUUUGCGCCGAAGCAAGGAUCUGGACCGUCUCCUCGGCAAUUCGGACCGCAAGCUCCCAUCCUCCGCCGCUAGACAGGUGAUCAGCGAAGGACACACAAAGGGCGUUCUGAAACGCUCAAAUGCUGUUGCGGCCACCGGUCCCCUCCCGCCACCCGCGCUCGAGCAGGGCAAAGCGAGCAAGGCACGUGUCGAGGUCGAUCUAGUCCUCGAGUCCGAUCUCGUCGUCGAAGGAGGCACGCUGCAAGGUCGUAUGCAGAUUCGAAUCCGCAAAGGCUCCGUCAAGGAGGGAGCUGUGCUUCUGGCUCAGCCCAAGGUCCGCAUUGUCGGGUUCGAAGAGCUGCUUACGGACGAUACACGUCACAUUUUCUACCAUCAUGCUUCGCUCAUCGAUGGCGACAGCUCCCGCGAUAAUGUUCAUCGGCAUGGCUCUCCGACAUUUGCCUCUCCCGAGACUGCUGCCUUCCCAGCGCUGCCUUGCUAUGCAGGUGCACCCGAUGCAGAAGGGUACGCCGUAGGCAAAAUCGGGAUUCACUCGAUCCCCUUUUCCCUCGAUCUACCUAUUGCAAAGGGGGCCAAAGGCAGCUAUCGCUGUAAGCACGCCGUCGUGCGCUACAUCGUCAUUGGCUCGGUCAAGCUCAAGUCGACUUCGGGAGCAGACCGGUCCAUCGCGCACUUUUAUCGGCACAUCGACGUGUAUCCGUACUUCAACCCAGCAGUCAUCCUGUCGAAAGCGGUGCAGCCGAUCCAAGCGAGCAGCUCCAAGGGUCUAUUCCUGGGCGGGUCUGGCAAGGUGCAUCUCAUGGCGAGCCUUCACCGCAGCACGUGGGUCGCGGGCCAGCGACUUUACGUGAACAUCGCCAUACAAAAUGACACGAGCAAGAAGAUCAACGGCAUGUCUCUGUCGCUCAUGCGCACGGUGACGCUGUACAAGCCAAGACCGGAGCUCGAACUGGACGGACACAGAGCCCGCAAAGACAUCGACCCUGAUGCAUGUCAGACCUCGACGAACCGCAAGAAGAUUGCAGAGGAGCAGCUCGAGAUGGGGCAGAAGGGCAGCAAAGGCGCCGUAACCGCUCGCGGGUGGUGGGUCGGCGUCGAGCCGGGCCAGCGCGUCGAGUCGUCUCAUCACAUGCUCAUCCCCGCGGAUGCAAUGUCGAUCUCGCGAGGUCGACUCGUAGAAGUGGUGUACAGCAUCAAGGUGUCGAUCGGCAGCUCGCUGUCGUCAGAUGUCUCGGUCGAGUUGCCGGUACGCGUCGUCAACUUCGUCUCGCUUGACCCACCUCCGCUGAAGAAGGCUGGAGGUGCGGGCUUCGCCGCGGAUGCACCGCGAGGUUGGGCUGCGAAUCAUAUCUCUCCCAGUGGCGCAACAUCCCUCAAAGCGACGAGCGAGAGAAUGGCAGGAAUCGAUGCAGAUCAGAAGAUCGCGCGAGUCAAGUCGGUCGAAGCGAUGCGAUCCCCGGGCAAGACUGGGAUCUCCUUGCACAAUCACGACCAACACCUGCAGGCUGAUCGCACGUUGUCGCCCCGCAUUGCUGCUUCUGAGCAAACUCGGAGGUUACAGCACCAAAAGUCGCUCGACUUCAUCCACCUUGCCGUUCGCAGCGCCGCCGCUCGUCGCGGUGUUGACGUGACGCCUAUGAGCAGCUCGUCUCGGUUCGCACCGAGUCCGACCGGUCUGGGGAUCGGGCUAUUGAUGCCUGCAAGGAGAUCUGGCUCGGGCAGCGUCAGCAGCUGCAGUCCUGGGCUGAGCACCAGCAGUAGCACUGCUGGAACUUCCACAGGAGGAGGCCCAGAGUACGAUGACGACCUGGACACUCCGAUGGCGUCCACCCACUACAGCGGAGCAACGACAAUGUUUCCAUCUGAUCGCCAGCCAUACGAGCAGCAGCAUGGCAGAGCACACCAGGCUCAUUUGGGGGGAACAUACUCGCACCUUCCUGUGCAUCUGCACCUUCCUACCUAUUUGCAUCCUCAGAAGACGUACCAGCUGCCGAUCAACAGCCCGUCUUGCCGUCAAAAGAAGGAUCCAGGACCGUAUACGCCGCUGCCAAUCCUGCAGAUCAACAACGCCAAAGUUUUGUCGCUCGACGAGAUUUGGGAUGACUACGACGACCGGGAUGAUGGUCAAGAGCAAGCGGACCACGCUCUGGCCUUGAACGACGAGUCGAUGGCCGAAAUGAACAUGGUGAUCGGUUCUGCUCGUUUGGACUAUCAAGAGUUCUGUCGAUACGAUGACAGUAUGCAUGUCGGUGAUGUCUGGUUCCACGCGGACGAGCACAUGCUGGUUCUUGAACAAGUCGCCGAAGAGAGCGGGAGCCGGGCGCUUCGACGUCACACCUCAGCCGACGAAGAAGAAAGGAGGGAGGCGGAUGAAGUUGCGGAAGUGCCGCUUUCUGGGCCCACGGCCGGCACACAUUCCGCUGCUCGUUCUUCCAUCGAUCCGCGAUCAGAUCCUACAUGUGGCGAUAUGCGCCCCUACCACACCGAUCUGGCCGUCGUCAGCAACUUCAAUCGACCUCUGACCGUCGCCAAGGGUGCCACCAGUAGUUCCGCUGGCCUUCCGCAUGAGCAAGUCAUCCAACCCAACGCAUCGACGGAUCGGAUCGCCAAAAGGAGCUCCAUGGCGAUCAUCCCCAUCGCCUCUCGUGUCGGCGCUCGUGCCUGA